CUUAUACAGAAAGGAAAAAAGGUGGCUUCCUAAAGCUACAAUGGUGGGGGUGGGCGUCCGUUUCUCUGUGGACAUGGCCAGCUUCCUGGGGACCGGGGUCCAUCUAAGCACUCAGUGCUGGCUGUCACGCUCCAUUUCCACCUGGAGAUGAAGCCUGGGGAGGGAACAAAGUGGAGAGGGCCCGAGUGUCACAACCGCUGCAACUGUUGCCAGGUCUCCUCCAGGGGAGCGAGAGAGUGGGCACAGACACCUGGGAACACCUGCCCCUGCUCAGGAGGUGCUGGGAAGGGGACACCUGCCCACAGGGGAUUCGCCUCGUCCAAUCCUUGGGUCCUUGUCCUCGGUGGCUCACGGUCCUGUCCGGCAUGGCAGGCUGCUUGGGAUCCGUGCUGCUGUUGCUGCUGUUGCUACUGGGGUCUGCGAGCGACGCCGGAGGGAACCGCUGCGUCGACGCGGCCGAGGCGUGCACGGCGGACGCGCGGUGCCAGCGGCUACGCACCGAGUACGUGGCGCGCUGCCUGGCGCGGGCUGCGCCCCGGAGCUGUCCCCGCGCCCGCUGCCACCGCGCCCUGCGCCGCUUCUUCACCCGCGGACCGCCCGCGCUCACCCACGCGCUGCUCUUCUGCCCGUGCGCAGGCCCCGCGUGUGCCGAGCGCCGGCGCCAGACCUUCGUCCCCGCCUGCGCCUUCUACGGGCCGGGCACCGUGCGGCCCCCCUGCCUGGAGCCCUUGGACGCCUGCGUGCAGAGCCGGGCCCCGUCUCCUGGCCUUCCAGGCUUCCUGCGCUCCGGUCCCCAGCACCCCAGACGGCUGCCAGCGCGACCAAGGUCUCCGCUGCCUCCGCGCCUACGCGGGCCUCGUGGGCACGGCUGUUACCCCCAACUACGUUGACAACGCGAGCGCGCGCGUGGCGCCCUGGUGCGACUGCAGAGCCAGCGGAAACCGGCGGGAGGAGUGCGAAGCCUUCCGGGGGCUCUUUACCAGGAACCAGUGCUUGGAUGGGGCCAUAGGAACCUUUGACAGCAGGUGGUCUGGACUCCUGCAAGUCCAGCUGGACCCUCACCAGGACCCUGGAUACAACCUCCUGCAGGUGUCCUCUGCCGCUGGGCCCCUGAAGGAGAGCUCCCUGCUGUCCAUAUUCCCUGUCCUGGCACUCCGGCCCCUACUGUGACACCACCACUCACUGUAAAGGGACCGGCUGCCUGUGUGCCUUUGCCCUGGAGUGAGGAUGGAAGCUGGGGGCUGGGCCACAAAGCCUCCAGUUUCCCAUUCAGUAGGGAUUUUUUUUUUUUUUUUUUUUUUUUUUUGGUACCAGGGAUCAAAUUCUCCACUGUGUGCUUGCACAGCAGGCGCUGAGCUAAAUCCGCAGCGCUCAGUAAGGAUUUUAGGUCCCUUUCUUCACAGGCUUGAGACCACUAGAGUCUCCCUGGGGUAGGACAGGAGAGGGUGGGCUUAUAGCCAGGCUGCACUGGUGCCAUGAUCUCAGCGAUCAUCUGGACUCUUAGGACUCUUGGACACUCUAUCUGCUCCCCAAGCAGCUAACACUCUAAGGAACACACCUGAGUGGACUUACAGGCACAGCUACCCUAGCAGCUACUGCAGCCUUUUAGGGCACCCACUGUAGAUCCGCCUGCGCCCCAGGGCUAAUGUGGCUCAGUGCUUCCUGUCCAUGCUGUGCUGCUGGGUAGCUGCCACCUGGAUGAGAAUCCGGUCCCUGUCCUGUCCUAUCUCGUAUUGGCUUAUGGGCCCAUUUUUCCUCAUGGCUUGUCCCCAGCGCUGGGAGUGGCACACCAAGCUCAAUAAACCCUGUUGCACUGAG